AUGUUGGGAGCAAGAGCUUCAUACAGUGUCAGACAUAGGAGGAGGCGCAGACAUCACUUCUUAUAAAGAAAUUCAAACAUGGGAUCGUCUUCAACGAAACCUGAAUUUGUCUCUGUUCUGGCUACUAAACAAGUGAAAGUCGGACAAGAUGUUAUUCUUCGCUGUCAGGCAAACAUACAAGAAGUACUGGCAAAGUGGGAGAAGAAUGGACAUCCCUUGGAGUGUGUGGAGGGCAAACACAAAAUAGGGCAAAGUGGCACAACGUUUAGCUUGACAAUCAAGGACAGUAAAAAGGAAGAUGAAGGGAACUACACAUUAACCCUGACGAAUAAUGCCGGUAGUGUCUCAUGCUCUGCUAUGGUCACUGUUGAACUCAAGGAAUGGAGGACUGUCCAGUGGAAACAAGAUCCAAUGAUCACAACCCUAAAGAACUUCAAAAUUACUAAUGAGAAAGUCAGAGAGCUUCGCUUCCUUCUGCAUGGACCAAUUGGAGCAGGAAAAUCCAGCAUCAUCAACACCAUCAAAACCAUUUUUGAAGGACAACUGUACAUCAACUGUCUGGCUGCUUCAGAUUUAAGUGGCAAGAGUUUUACAACUAAGUACGAGAAGUUCUCUGUUGGAACUCUACCUUUCGCCUUCUAUGAUGUGAUGGGUCUGGAAAAAGACCAGGAAAUAGGACAAUCAAAAGGAGCACGUUCUGAUGACAUUAUCAAGGCUUUAAAGGGCCACAUAGCAAACGACUACAAAUUCAAACAAGAAGUCUCAAUAUGUGAAGACAACAGAUAUUACAUCAAUAGUCCUACUCUGAAUGAUAAGAUUCACUGCCUAGUGAGCAUUAUCCCAGCAGACAGAGUGACCCUAAUGGACAGUGAUGUCAUCCAGAAAAUGAAGGACAUCAGAGCAGAAGCCAGUAAAUUAGGAAUCCCUCAGCUGGUUUUCAUGACAAGAGUUGACCAGGUGUGCAAGAUAACACAAGAUGAUUUGACCAAGAUCUACCAAAGCAAGAAGAUCAAGGAGAAAAUGGAAGAGUGCAGCACUAGACUGGGUGUCCCUAUGAACUGCAUCUUCCCUCUGAAGAACUAUCAUGAAGAGACCAAGAUGAACGAGAAGCUGAACUGUCUGGUGCUGGAGGCCUUCAUGCUGGCAGUGCACUCAGCUAAUGAAUAUGGGACAAAAUUUUCACACAAACAGAAAUGUAUAGAAUGAAUUGUCUUCAUGUAUUACGAAGACCAGCAUGAAUAUACAGGGUGAGUCAGGAACCACCCAAAUAUCUGUAAGACAAUUAAUGAUAGAAUUGCUCUCAUUAUUAUACUUAUAUAUUAGAUCAGUGGGUGUACGUGGGACGUAUGUUGCCCUAUCCCUCUAGCAGCGUCCACUAACUGGUGUACAAUUUACGACUGUAGCAUCUAUUUUCAUGGAAAAUUUAUCUAUCUAUUAUGCCAUUCAUUAUAGGUCACUUUCUGAUCACACUUUCUGUUUUUUAAGAGAGCCUCUAGAAGUUUAAAUGAAAACAUUCAUUUUGUAUUAAUCCAAUAGUUUGCUGAUUUUCAAUAUUCAAUAAUAGCACACAUUGAAAUUAAAUUGAACAUAUAUGCAGAAGUGAACUUUGGCAACUCUUGAUUAUGACAAUAAAUGAUUUCCAUGUAUUUCU